ACAUUAACCUUUGCAAGAUAACUAAAAGUUCACACAGUUGUGAUAUUAAUGUUAAAACUUAGAUUAGCUUUUCUCUGUUGAUUUACUUAUAUAGCUUAGCUAAUAAAGUGAAGGUAAAUACAGAAAAAUAUAGCUAAAGAUUAAGUUAGGAUAUAUUAAAUACCAUUGAGUAAUCACAGUGAACAUACAGGGUAUUCUCAUAGGAAAUGUUUCCUCACGGUUAAUCACUGUGAAAACGUCUGAAAUUUGACGUAAUGACAAGUGCUGAAGAACUUUUUUUAUGGGCCGAAUGAAAAAAGUCACCGUUUUAAGUAGAUUUUGUGGUAAUUUGUACCUCUUUUUUAUGAAGCUGUUGAACAUUGUCACGAUGCGACGACUUUUAACAAGAGUCCUAAACCGAGUUUUGCUGAGUGAGCUCUUUACACCAUUGAUGGGAAUUGAAGCAGAAAUACACACACAAGGCCGCCGAAAGCUAGUGGUGGGGCUGGGUAACCCAGGGAUGGAAGGUACCAGACACAGCGUCGGCAUGGCAGUGCUCGGCGCGCUCGCUGCCCGGCUCGGCGUUGCUGACCGUUGGCGUGGCGACAAGCAUGUGUCCGGUGAGGUCAUCGUGUCAGAGGUACAACAAACACAUGUGGUGCUGCUCCGUCCCAGGCUGCUGAUGAACAUCAACGGAGUGUCAGUGGCCAAAGCAGCUGGUAAAUACGGCAUCAGGCCUGAAGACAUCCUGCUGGUCCACGAUGAACUGGACAAACCUCUGGGGAAAAUCGUCAUCAAACACGGAGGAAGUGCCAGAGGUCAUAAUGGAGUCCGCUCCUGUGUGGACUGUCUUCAGACUGAUGUGAUGCCCAGACUUCGGGUCGGCAUCGGCCGGCCGACGGGGAAAACGCCGGUGGAGCGUCACGUUCUGGGCCGGUUCUCCUCAGAGGAGAAGAAGGUUCUGGAGUCUGUUCUGGUCCAGAGCGUGGACCUCCUCCUCUCCCAGCUCUCCCAGGAAGAUUCCCAACAGGAGUCCCAGCCCCCCUCCUCGCCAGCAGGGGGCAGACAAGCAGCACAGAAGAGGAAGGAGACGGAGCGCUCAUCCUCCCCAGCUGAGAUCUCUGCUGCUACUCAAUGCUGAAGCUCAAAGUGCCUCAAAAACAUGAACAUGAACAUUUACAGAGCGAGCAUCUUUAUUUAUGUAUUUAUUCUCUGCUGUGAGUUAAAGGACACACAUAUUUCUACAGAGUAGGAUCACCACUGAAAACGAUUGACUCCUUCUUCUUGGUUAUCCUACAAGAGGACCACAAAAAUAGUCCAAAUGAUCAAAAUAAAUAGAUGCUACGAUCUCGUCUUAAAGCAGAGCUGUAACUCAUUAUGUGUAUUGCUUAUUGCCACAGAAGAGGUUGUGUUUGUCUGAUUUUUGGGUUUGAAUAAUACCUCAAAAACCUGUCAACAGAUUUCAGUCAAAAGGUGGUGUAACAAUCGGACAGAGGCAGAACAACAAGUUAUGUUUUUGAGCCAAGAAUCGAUUAAGGAUCUCUAACAUGCAAGAUGUGUAAUUUUUUUUAAACAUUUUGUGAUUUUCUGAGGAAAUACUGGACAUGAAUGGUACAUUUAUCCCAUGUGUCAUUUAAAGCUCACACAAACUCAGAAAAAAAGAUUUCUAUACAUUUAUUCUGAUUUAAAAUAAUAAAUUGAGAGGACUGUG